UCUAUUUGGUCUUCAGUGUGAUUAAACGCGUCCCAGCCUGCGGAACUGCUGUCUGUGUGUUCCCUGGAGCCAGACGAGGCAAUAAUGUGCUCAGUCUCCAGCCAGUCUGUCAGAGGAGCAGCACGCGCUUCACAUUGACCUUGAAAGUCUGAAGCCAAACACACACGCGCGGGACAUCUGACAUUAGGGUUGAGUUUCUGACGUCAGCAUAACUGUCAUACCGGGGCAGACGCGGUCCGCGAAACUAAUUUGAAAUCUCUUGCGACCACGAUGACAGCCUAUAGCAUAGGGCGAACGCGCAGACUGCUCCCGAAAAACAAACGGAGGCAGAGCGCUCGAGCAAGCUGGUGAGCUGGGUUGGCCGCUCAUUCUCUCCGCUGCAGAGGACAGCACGAGAUGAGCGCGGUUCCUUAAUAGAAAUGGCAUUACAUCACUGGGGUGUCUUUUUUUGAGGCACAUGCUGACGACCUCACAUGCGAAGCUAUUUGCACGCGCAACUCCAGCUGUUCCAACCGAUCUGAACUGAUGAGGGGCGCGAUCGCCACGUGACUAAGCUCGCGCCAAUGUCCUUCUCCGACACAGUCAGCAUGAUGGCCGCGGCUGCAGCGGAUGCUUCUCUCGCGCUCCGCAUCCCAAGCCGCUGCCUGCUGCCUCUGCUGCUCGUGUUCGCCUCACCAUUGCCCACGCGGAGCCGGGCGCUGCUGGGCUUUCGUCCCGAGGACACAGGAGCGGAGCUGUCCGUGCAGGACGGGGUGCUGAAGGCGACGGAGGGCACGAGAUUCAUGCUGCGCGUGUACUAUGCCGCAACUCCGCAGAGGCUCAACCGGAGCGUCAGUGGCAGGGCUGACGCUGCUGCCGCGCCCUGGAUCGCUUUCAUCGAGGAGUCGCAGCCCGGCCGGAAGGGGCAGUUGCACCCGAACCCGUGCGUGGAGGAGAGCGCGCGCAGCUCGGACAUCGAGCUGCUGGGCUCGUUCCGCUCCGCGUCCAGCCACAACUCCAUCCUCGUCGAUCUAUUCGCGAAGGAGUUGCGUCGCGGCGAGAAGCUCAAGUUCUACUCCAUGUGUGCCUUCGACGGCGUCAAGUGGGAGCACUUUCGGACGCGGGACUUUUGGGUGGCGGUGGUGGAGCGGCCGCCGCAACCAGACGCGUGGCUGCAGGUGACGCUGUCGGUGCUGCUGCUGGGGCUGUCCACGCUCUUCAGCGGACUCAACAUCAGCAUGCUCGCGCUGGACCCGGUGGAGCUGCGCGUGCUGAUGAGCAGCGGCACCGAAAAUGAGCAGAAGUACGCCAAGAAGAUCGAGUCUGUGCGCAAGCACGGGAACUAUGUGCUCUGCACGCUCGUGCUGGCCAACGUCCUCGCCAACACUUAUCUAGUUAUCUGGAUGUGCCAAAUCUUGGGCAUAACGCUCGUCUCCAUAACGACGUGCACCUUCGCCAUCUUUUUCGUGGGUGAGAUUUUACCCCACUCGGUGGCCUCGCGGCACGGGCUGGCCAUCGCCUCCAAAACCAUCUGGCUCACGAGGCUGCUCAUGCUUGUGUCGUUCCCCAUCACGUACCCCAUCAGCAAGCUGCUGGACAACAUGCUUCACCAGGAGAUCAGCAACUUCUACACGCGCGAAAAGUUACUGGCGAUGUUGCGCGUGACGGACCCCUACCACGACCUCGUCAAAGAGGAGCUGAACAUUAUCCAGGGCGCGCUCGAGCUCCGCACCAAAACCGUGGAGGAUGUUCUCACACCGUUGAACGACUGCUUCAUGCUCUCGUCGGACGCGCUGCUUGACUUCUACACCAUGACCGAUAUCAUGCAGAGCGGCUUUACGCGCAUCCCGGUUUACGAGAACGAGCGCUCCAACAUCGUGGACAUUCUGUUCGUGAAGGAUCUGGCUUUCGUGGAUCCCGACGACUGCACGCGUCUGAAAACCAUCACGCAGUUCUAUAAGCACCCCCUUCACUGCGUGUUCAACGACACCAAACUAGACUCCAUGCUGGAACAGUUUAAGAAAGCGGAUAACCGCACUAAGAGACGUGUGUCCCAUCAUGAGAGGAAGCUGCAGGACUUCUCCCUGUUCAAACUGUCCGAGAGCGACACGAAGGUCAAGAUCUCACCACAGCUGCUAUUGGCUACCCACCGCUUCCUGGCCACAGAGGUGGAGCCCUUCAGGUCAUCUCACCUGUCGGAGAAGAUCCUGCUGCGUCUGCUCAAGCACCCCAGUGUCAUGCAGGAACUCAAGUUCGAUGAUCGCAACAAACGCUCCCCACAUCAUUUCCUGUUCAUGCGCAACAAGCCUGUGGACUACUUCAUCCUGAUCCUACAGGGACGGGUAGAAGUAGAGGUUGGGAAGGAGGGCUUGCGCUUUGAGAACGGAGCCUUCACCUACUACGGACUUCCUGCCAUCACCUCUCUGCUGUCAGCAGUCCACAGGUCCCCCUCUCGGAGUAGUGGUCUGAACCGUUCAGACUCGACUCUGCACGCGUGCAGUUUGGGACAACUCAGUACAGGGGGCGGAGCUUAUCUACCAGACUACUCUGUUAGACAACUCACCAAUCUCCAGGUUGUCAAGGUCACUCGUGGGCACUACCAGAACGCCAUGACGGGGCGCAUGGACAGCUCGCCCCAGACACCGGACGCAGAGACGCAGGGCGGUCACCCAUCCGUGCCCGAGACGCGCUCACACAGCAUCGCGCUGCCGCUCACACACACACGGCCGCACCACACACACCUCAACACCGCCACACACCCCUCAGCAGCAGGACAGCGACAGCACCAGUAGCUCAAUGAGAGGAACCGC